UCUGCGAAAACAGGACGCUCGAGACAAGAUUGAAUGACUGUGUCGUAGAAGCAAUGAGUACUAUCAGCGAAUCGUCCGUGAUCGAAGACUGGACGGUAGUCUGUGUGAUUAGAGCGGGAAACAUAUGUGGAGUCAUUCAGAUAUUAAUGGGUUUUGCCUUGGUUGGCACUGGACUAGCCACGUUCGUUGUACCGCCCCAGAUAUCACUACUAGUCGCUCCAUUUUGGGCAGGAUUUCUGGUGAUGAUCUGCGGUCGAUUUGCGAUGUUGUCGACACAGACGAAAACAAAAGUUAUGGUUCGCAAUAUAAGGCUUGGUGUAUUUCUUGGUUCAACCGUUGUGUCGGUGUCUGUUUGUUCGUGUGCGAGUAUCUUCAUCUAUCCAAUGUGGAUGGGCGUUCGGCAGUUCGGCUGUACGCAUAACGAAGACACACUUGUGUGUACGUGUGGUAGUGCAAUAUUUCCCAGGCUUGAAUCCUGCCAAACCAUAACGGGUCCAGUAUACAGUUUAUUGUUGACAAAUCUGGUACUUUGUAGUUUAUGUAUCAGUACAGUAGUUAGUGGAUUAUUGUUGUCUCUCUAUACGUACAGUAUAUUUAUUAGACAUCUUCCGGACGAUCCAAUCGAACCUCAGCUACUUAGUAGUACUAGCACCGUGAACGGUAGCGGUAAUGGCUUAUCAAACUACACGCCUAAUGGAACGUUACAAAUGAAUGGCACAAUGUGCGCGCUGCCAAACGGAAUCACGAACAAUAAUUAUGGACGUGUUAAUGCAAUGUGUGCACGGGGGUACGUAAAGACUUGUGGAAUAGCCAAUGGAAGACCCCCGGGAAUAACUUCGCUAGACGACGUUCCGAAUGGCUACACAAACGGGAUUGGACAUAACGGCGUGCUGACGUCACAGCCAAGGACUUGUACAAAUUGUUCAUGCGCAGGUGGACUUCGAAACUGCGUAGGUCAAGAAACGCAGAUAUGAUGACACGCUGCGGUUGUCGUGUGUACUGACAACGAGGCAUGAAUUGCGCCGCCAUCGACAGCUAUAUUAUGUUACUAAAGUAUAAGCCACUGUGUGUUGUUACCGCCACACGAAGUGUAGGCGUCGUUUGUGUUUGUUCCCUUGUACAUUUCUUUUUUGUGUCAAAAUAAUCAAUGUCUAUGAAGCAUCAAAUGGCGAAGCUCAGUCGAUAGAGACGCAUAGAAAACAAACGUUGGUGGCGAUAUACAUUAUUCACCAUCUGCGUAAGCAGGAUAGCUUCAUAAAGGUAGAGCACUAAGCAAGAAUACACACACAAAGACGAGGUUUAUAUAUUAUUUAU